AUGACUGAGUUUGACAAAGGGAUUGAUUCAAUUUUUAACUUCAAACCCAAACCUACUGAGCCUGGGACAGUCUACGUGUUGGGUAAAAGAUGGCUGGGGAAUGGUCUCCUUUUGGCAAACGGUAAAAGAUGGGCUAGAAACAGACGACUACUGACACCAGCUUUCCAUUUUGAUAUUUUACAACCUUACAUGACUGUCUACAACGAGGUCUCGGACACUUUACAGGGAAAAGUGGAGGACUGCUGUAAGAAAGGCCAGUCUUUUGAACUGUUUAACAUUAUUGGUAUGGCUUCCCUGGAUAAUAUCCUUAGAUGUGCAUUUUCUUACAAAAGUGAUUGUCAGGUUCUAGGAGACAGCCAUCCUUACGUGAAGGCAGUCGAUGAACUCAGUGACCUCUGGGUCACAAGGUCACUGAAUAUAUUUCACUUCUUCGACUUUAUCUAUUUCCUUUCUGAAAACGGCCGUCAGUUCAAAAAAUACACUGAUUAUGUUCAUUCUGUAGCAGAGGACAUUAUCCAGAAACGACAGCAGACACUUGAAAAUGAAGGUCUACCAACUCAAACAAAUGGACGUAAAUCACGAUAUCUCGACUUCCUUGAUAUAUUGUUAACAGCAAAAGAUGAAAACAAUGUAGGAAUGACACCAUUAGAAAUUCGUAACGAAGUGGACACUUUUCUUUUUGAAGGCCAUGAUACUACAACAAGUGCCAUGUGCUGGACGCUGUACUCGCUAGCCCAGCACCCGGAGUGGCAGCAAAAGAUCCAGGCUGAGGUGGACAGUAUCCUUGAGGGGAGGGACUCUGACUAUAUAGAAUGGAGUGACUUAGGAAAGUUGGAAAAUCUGACGUUGUGUAUAAAGGAAGGUCUGAGACUACAUUCACCUGUAUCUUUUAUACAACGAAACACCACACAGCCAUUUGUGGUGGAGGGAUACCACAUACCUGUGGGGACGGCUGUAGCCAUUCAGAUCUACAACCUACAUCAUAACCCAGAUGUGUGGGAGGAUCCCAUGGAAUUCCGACCGGAACGCUUCCUUCCAGAAAACUCAGUUGAUCGUGAUUUUUAUGCAUUUGUUCCAUUCUCAGCUGGGCCUAGAAACUGUAUAGGUCAACAUUUUGCCAUGAAUGAACAAAAGGUCACACUUGCUCGACUUCUGAGAAGGUUCACCCUGGAGUUAGACCCUGAACAUGAAGUGUCGAAGAAGAUUGGCAUCGUGAUGCGUUCUGCCAAUGGCAUCAAAGUUUUUGCUAAGCCAAGGAAACUAUGAUUAAGUUUUAAUAAUAAUCCACAUCAACAUUCAAAAGUUGUGUUUAUCUCAGUUUCCCAGAACAUGAGAAGGGACACUAAGUACUAGUUGGAGUAACCAAGUUUGACCAAUGGUGAGAUUUUGAGAUGUACCUUUCCAGAAGUUCCAUCUCAAAUCAGGACAGAAAGAUUUCGACACUUGAAAACAUGACAGAAAGAUUUCGACACUUGAAAACAUGACAAUUAUGUAGAUUCUUAUAUGAUUGUUGAAUUUCACUCUUGAUUUUUAAUACGAGUAUUUAUAAGAAUGUCUAUGUUAAUCAUAGGAAAAACAGCUCUAAAACUUAAGUUCACCUGUAGCUCAUUUUAAUAAAAAGAGAAAUUCAUUCUCAAUUCCCGACAAAUGUUUAUUUUUAAUAUUAACUAAAUGUUUGAGUUUCACAUGGUGCUUAUAUACCCCGGGUAAUAACUGUUAGAAGUAUGGUGUGUAUUGUUUUUUGACCUAUCAACAGUUAGAGCCAUUUAGGGCCAACCAAAGACAUGAAUAAAUACUCAAGGUGUUGAGUGACAUAUUUGUAACCACAAUUUAAAGUACAUGUAUCUAUUUGUUGUUGCAUUGGUAACUCUUUAAUGUGUUAUCAAAUAAUUAUUAAUCAGUAAUGAAAAAAAGUGCCACUUUGUUUUUAGUAUUAUUAUAUACAUGUAUUAUUAUUUUAUAUGUGAGAGAGAAAAAAAAUAGCUUUUAAGUUAAAACCCCAAUCAUAUGAAUGUGAUAUCCUGUAACAUCUGACAUUGAUUUCUUGGGCUUCCUUGUACACUUGUUACAAAAGACUACCUCUUACUGAGGUAGAUUGUUGUUAAUGAUCAUCUACAUGUCAUUAACAGAUGAUUUACAUGAUAUUAUCAGGAUGGUAUUGAGUGUUGUGUCACAAUCAGGGCAUGUGUUCUACAUACACGUACAACUUACUAAUAAAUGAUGUAUAUGAUAUUAUCAGGAUGGUAUUAAGUGUUGUGUCACAAUCGGGACAUGUAUUCUACAAACAUGUACAAAUUAUUAAUAGAGGAUUUACAUGAUACUAUCAAUGUGAUAUUAAAUGUAGUGUGUCAAUCAGGACUUUAUUAAAAGUAUAAGAUUAUUUUAAGAAAUUGUGUGACCAGGUUUACAAUUUGUCUAUUAAAGUACGUUAUUUGUA